GAUUGGGAUCGGGAUCCCGUGGGAAGCUGGGAUGAAGCGGGGAGGUUGGGGAGGAGGACGCGGCUGCGGGUCCCGGGAUUCGGCGGCGUUCCCGCCUUUCCGGAAUUCCCGUUCCCGUGUUUCCGGAAUGUUUUUCCUUCCUCUUCCCGCGCUCCCGGUGCAGCGCAGUUCACGGGGCCCCCGCAGAAGCCUCCGAGACUCGGGGCUCAGCCCAUCCAGCCGGCUCCCACGGCCGACCUGGACCGCACGGACGAUCCGGUUUACGGGAAUGUCACGGAUCUGGUCCGGGCCGUGCUGCAGCUGAAGAACGAGAUCAGCCUGGUGCCUCCCGAGGGAUACAUCCUGGUGGUCAAGAACAUCGGCCUCUCCCUACGGAAGCUGAUCGGGAGCGUCGACGACGUCCUCCCCGACCUCCCGUCCUCUUCCCGCACCGAGAUCGAGGGCACCCAGAAGCUGCUCAACAAGGACCUGGCCAACCUCAUCGGCAAGAUGCGCCUGGCGCAGCAGAACUCCGGCACUUCCCUGAGCUCGGAAUUCCGGCGGCAGAUGCUGACGGCUUCCCACGCCCUGGCCGUGGACGCCAAGAAUCUCCUGGACGCCGUGGACCAGGCCAAGCUCCAGGCCAACCUGGCCAAGCCGCGCCCGGAAUGAGCCGCCGGAUCCGGGAGCGCUCCGGGAAUUCGGCGUGGAAUUCCACACCCACCCUCCCUUUUUUCCC